GGAAUUAAUCCUGAUUGAUGUGGUUGCCCAAACUGGAAAAGGACCACACUCACAGCUACACUGUUUGUUUUCAUCUCUGUAAUGAGAGAAGGUGGUUCUUUCCUCUUUUUUUUUUUCCUUCAGGAAGUGACAUGAGAGAUCCUUUUUUUUCUUUUCUGUGAUCAAACCCUUAGUUCUCCCAGCUUCUCCUUCUCAGGACGUGAGGAGACCGCUGAGGAAGACAUUCAUUCAUUCAUUUAUUUAGUUCCUUCGCUGGUUUAUCUUCCUCCCCCUCGCCUCUUUGCCUGACUGGCUGCUGAGCUGACUGACUGUCUGGAUGGUUGGCUCCCUCUCUCACUGGACUCUCACUGGCAGUUCACUCACACACUGCGUGAGCUUCGCUGAGGCUGUGGUGGAGAGAGACAGUCGGGUUGCUCAGGCUUUGGAAAGUGGGAUCUCUGCUAGAUUUCUCCCUCUGUCUGUUUUGGUGGACUAUUAGAUGAGAGUAGAGGAACUCUUUGGAUCUCUCUCCUCCAGCACUGACCACUGACCAUCACUACUGUGCUGCAUCCAUGACUUUACAUACCUGGCUGGUGUAUGGGCUUGGAUUUAUCUUGGUUUGGGCACUCUUCUUGACACAAGUCCAGGGGCUGCAGUGCUAUGGCUGCAACAUCAUCCAGGGCCAGAGGUACGUGGACGUGGGCUGCUCCAACCCAGAGGUCAUCACCUGCACCCACUCACACAAGGGCUUCAAACACCGUUUCUGCAUUAAGACAGAGAGCACGGCCCUGGGUAUUGUCCUGACCAGUGGUUGUGCCACAUCCAGACACUGCCAGCAACAAGAGCUGCCAGGGGUGCGCAUCCACUGCUGUGACUCAGACCUAUGUAACAGCGCCCCCUCCUGGCACCUAAGCACACUCCACUAUAUCUGUGCACUGUUCAGCCUCUUGCUGCUGAGGAUGUGGUUGUGAUACGGAGUCAUUCUGGAAGAGAACCUAACACGAGUGGACUAUGGGAGAAACAUUUUGUAUGAGAAACUCUCAUCUGUUCUCUUUGCUGCUGAUGUUUAGGGCUGAAUGGGAGUUUGACUCAGUGUGGUGUUACAGGUGAGCACCUUGAAAUAGUAGCUUUUGUCACAUUGUUAGCUUGGACUUACAGUCAGAGAAAUGGCAAAAAUCAUCCUGUGAAUAUGUUUGGUCAAAAUAAUGAUGAAGCAGCUUGCAGUCAUCAGUGAAUUCAUUGUGCACAUCCACUUUCUCAAAUGUAGCUUGAAGUAUAUGGGAUAUUAUGGGACAUUUUUGUUGCCAAGAAAGGAAUAUGUUCUUUAGAGUCACAUGUCAGUUCAUUAAAAAAAAAAAAAAACAA